AUGGUAAACUUUUGUCCAAAGAAGCCACUAAUUGCAAGGAGGACUGUUGUCAUUUAUUUAGUCUAUUGGAUGAUAUUUCUCUAUGUGAUCUAUUCUUUUAGCGCCGAUAACAAACCUCAAAGUUUUGAGGUUGAGUGCAUGAACUCUCAACUUGGGAUAGAAAUUUCAAAGCCAAACUUUUUAGACAAAGACUUAAGGACAAAAAAUCCUGAACAAAGCGAAAAUUCAAGAAAAGAAAAUGAGUCUAGCAACCAAAUAAGCAUGGAUGACCUCGUCAUACUAUGUAAAAAUCAAGAUAAAAAAGAUAAAAAAAUCUCCAACCUUUCUUCAAACUUAAUUAAAUGGCACAAUCCUCAAGACCUUAAUAUCACCCAAGCAUUUUUUGAGCGAAAUAUAGAUUUUUCUAGCCUCUCAAGCGAAUGUGUCCCAUUAAUAGAGGGAUAUACAUCUAAACAGGAAGCCUUAUUAUUUGGCUCAAAUGUGCAUUUUGAAAAAUGUAUAGCCAAAGACUUCCCUUUUAUUUUUUAUAAUGAGUCUAUUAAGUAAGAAUUAUUUAGAAAAGUUGAAAUGAACUGCACAGAUAAAAUCGCAAGGUACGCCCUUGGGAAUUCUCCAAAUGAAGAAAUAUUUGGACCUUUCAAGAGUGACCUUAUAUGAAAAAAUUAUUCUGAGCCUUUUGAAAUUGGAGACACAGAAUUUGUUUUCGGAAGCUGCGGGAGCAGUCACCAAGCAAUUCUUAUUAAUAAGAAAAAUGAAAAAGCAGCAGAAAGAGCUAUUAAAAAAACAAAACAGCUAAACUCCAUGAUGAAAAACGAUAAAUCACGUCCACUUUCUGUAUUUUUAAUUAUUGUUGAUUCUGUAUCUAGGCAGCACUUUUAUAGAAGUUUCCCUCAGACUAUUGAUUUUCUUAACAAAGAAAUUGUAGAGGGAAAAUAUAAAAACUACAUAGCAGGCUAUGAUUUUUCUGUAAAUAAUGCGAAUGGAGAAAACACAUAUCCCAAUAUGAUACCUAUGCUUUUUGGCCAUAACCAAACAAUACAUAAAAGUCUGUUAAAAGGCGAAUAUUACCAGCUUGACUGAAGCGAACAAAAAUAUGCUGAAAUCCAGAAAUCAGCUAUAUGAAAACAUUUUGAAAAUUAUGGCUUUGUUACAGCAUUUGCUUAUGAAACUAUAUGAGACUUCAUGACAAAAGGCCUAGGCAAGAAAAUUUUAACUGAUCACCGUAUUUCUAAAUUUGUUAGCACAGGAGCUCCUCUCUUUGAUUUUGUCGAUAGUUCUAAAAAACGGAGAUGCUAUGGCGUAAAAGAUCUUCACAGGCAUAUUUUUGAUUAUUCCUUGCAAUUUUUACAAAAUUACUCUAAAAUCAACAAAUUUAUGUAUAUGCAUUUAUCUGCUGGCCAUGAAGACACUGGAUUAGUUGUACGGACGGUUGAUCCAGAUUUAGUUUAUACCAUUUUAUAUUGAAUUUAAUCUUUUAAUUCUAAUAAAUCAUAUUUAAUUAUAUCCAAAAUACUUGCUAAAUGAGAUUUUUUCAUACUUCUCUCAGAACACUGAUGAAGAUUUUGCAAUAUUACUUGGAUCUGAUCAUGGAAGGCACGUUGGGAACUGAGAUAUAACAAAAGAAGGACAGUAUGAAAAUAAAUUGCCAUUCCAGUUUCUGUUUACAAAUAGCGACCUCAUUAAAAAAAUGGGCCCAAGAACCGACUCAAUUUUACAAACAAAUACAAAAAGACUUGCAGGAAAAUUUGAUUGGCAUUUAACAUUAAAACAUCUUGCCACAGUUCCAUAUGGGAGAUUAUCAAUUAGCAGCCAUAUGUAUCAAGAAUGGAAAAAAAGUUUGCCAAGUCCUGCUUCUCAUAGCGUCUUUUUAGAAUCAUCACCUAUUGAUAGAAAAUGUAAUGAUUUAGAUAUACCAGCCUAUCUUUGCUCCUGCAUCCAAUGAACAGUAUUGGAAGAAGGAGAAGGAGAUUGGGACCAAAUUGUUCCAAAACUUGCAAAUCAAGGGAUAUCUUCAAUUAAUAAGAGAAAGAAACUUGCUGACUCUUCAGAAUAUUGCAUCGAUGUAUCUUUAGACAAAAUAAUAUUUUCAAAAGAGCACCAAAUAAAAGAUGAAAAUCUACAAAAUAGAGAAUUCAUCACCAGAAUCAGCCUUAAAGAAGACCAAAAAAUGGUAUUUGAACUGUAUAGCUAUUUUGCUCAGUAUAGUGAAUUUAUGGCUUAUAAAAUCCACACGAAUUCAGGGAUAAACCCAAUAAAUGAAACGGAAUUCACAAUACGGCAUACAGGCCAUACAAUACAAGCACAAUAUCAGCUAUUCAAUAUUUCUAGAGUUGAUAAUAGGACUGAAGACUUGUGUGAAAUAGUUUCAGUGGCUCGAGGGAUGGAGCCUGGAUUUUGUGCCUGCAAAAAACCGAAAAAUAUUGAUUUGAUUGACUAUCCUCAGCUGGCAGUUUUAUAUUUUAGGCUGAAAAAGAAAUUCAGCAUUGUCAUUGGAGAAGAAGGAAUGAGCUGUGAAGAUACUUGCAGUCUAGAAAAUAAAGAAUGCAGCUUAUGAGGCUUAGAAUUAAUAAAUUCCAAGCAAAUAUUGGAAGGGUCAUAUUUUGAUCCAACGUCAAAGUACUUUUUGAGAGAUAAUAGAAUGGUAGCAUAUGAAGAAUUAUAUAUUGAAGAAGUCGAAGAAAGCCAAAUGAUUGGGAUUGAAGGGAACACCCUGCAUUUAGCACAAGAAUCAUCAUUAUCUUGCAAGACUUCAAUGCCUAGUGUUUCACCUAUUUGCCCUUGCAAAAUAUAA